AUGUCGGACGAAUACUUUUACGGUGUAACUCUCUCAUCAUCACAUCAAUCAGAGACAUGGGACCCAGAAGCUAAGGCGGAAUAUCCGCGUAGUAAUAAGCUGCUAAUCCGUCAAGCAUUACUUGGACCAGAUGCAAAACCCGAUGAGCUUAAUGUGGUGCAGGUGGAAACUAUGUGUCUGCAAGAUUCAAUAAAAAUUCCUGUGGCAAUUCUAAAAGUGGGAGAGACAAGGCAUGCACGUUUGGAUAUUGAGUUUCCCGAUGCACCAGUCACUUUUACACUUAUUCAGGGUUCAGGGCCAGUACAUUUAAUUGGCCAGCAUUUACUUGGUGCACUUGUGGAAGAAUUUGAAGAUAUGGAGGAGAUGGAAGAAGAGAUGCUGGAUGAAGAAGAGGGAGAUGAUUCGCAGUUCAAGGAAGAUGAGAAUAAAAGGAAAGGAGCAGGCAAGCGCAAGACGAAUGAGGAUGAAGAUGAUGAUGAGGGUGAGCCUAAGGGUAAGAAGUCGAAAAUGUCCAACAAUGCCAAAGGCAAGGCUACAUCGCCCAAGAAGAAUGCCAAGAAG